UGGCAGGGAUCAGGCAAAGAUAAUUGAAUUAGUUGUCAAAAGGAUUUUGGAUGAACUAGUCAGUAGCACACACUUGGAUGAAUGCAAAUAUCCUAUUGGUAUAGAUUCUUGUGUAAAAAAUCUAUUAUCUUUAUUAAAUAUUGGUUCCAGUGAUGUUCAAUUCGUAGGAAUUUGUGGUCCUAGUGGCAUCGGGAAGACAAAAAUUGUUGAGGCUGCCUAUAAUCGCAUCCUUUCAACCUUCAAUAGGCAUAGUUUUAUUUCAGAUGUCAACAAACAAGCAAUGCAUUGCACGGGUCUUGCGUCUUUGCAGAAGCGACUUCUUAAAGAUAUCUUCAAAGUAGACUUUGACAUAAAUCAUUAUCAUAGAGGGAAAAAAUUGAUUAAACGCAUGCUUUGCAAAGAAAAUGUUCUUCUUGUUCUUGAUGAUGUGGAUAGUAAGGAACAGGUAGAUGCUUUGGCCAAUAAGCACAGUUGGUUUGGUGCAGGAAGUAGAGUCAUAAUAAUAACCAGAGAUGAACAUAUCUUGAAUGUGGCUAAAGUUGAUAAAGAUAAAAUCUAUUGGCCUCAAGUUCUAAACUGUGCGGAAUCUCUUCAACUAUUUAGCUUGCAUGCCUUCUCAAUGGAUGAACCUCCUUUAGAGUAUGUGAAACUUUCACAUGAUAUGGUACUCUAUUCGGGAGGGUUGCCUUCAAUUCUAGAGGUGUUGGGGUCUUACCUAUUGGAUAUAAGUAACAAAGAAGAGUGGAAAAGUACAUUGCGAAAAUUGAAAACAGGUCAAACCUCUAUCUCUAGUCUUGCGUCUCUACGCAGCAAGAGAAAGAACACAUGUCCUAUAAAAGACAAUCCUCUUGGUUGGCGCCCACAACUUCAUGGAACCAUUGGAAUUAGCAACACGGUUGCUAGAGUAUCUAAAGUCCUCGAAGGAUGUCUGGAUCUAAAUGGCUUCAUAGCUAGUGAUAUAGUCGGUAAUAAGUGCUUCACAACAGUAGAGAUUCGAGCUGGAAUAUCUAAAUUCACCGGAGGAUAUUUGAAUCCAAAUGACUCUACAGUUACUGAUAGAGUCGAUAAGCGGUUCAGAAUAGCAGAGAUCCGUGCUGCAACAAAGAAUUUUGAUGAAUCAUUGGUGAUCGGAGUUGGUGGCUUUGGCAGAGUUUACAAGGGUGUAAUGGAUGACGGGACUCUGGCAGCAUUCAAGCGUGCCAAACCGCAAUCUAUACGAGGCCCAGCAGAAUUUGUGAUAGAGGUUGGGAUGCUAUCGAAGCUCAAGCAUAGAGAUGUGGUUUCCAUGAUUGGGUUCUGUGAGGAAAAGAAUGAGAUGAUUUUGGUAUAUGAGUAUAUGGCAAAUGGGAAUCUCAGGAAUCAUCUUUUUAGGAGUGACCUCCCACCAUUAACAUGGAAGCAGAGACUAGAGAUUUGCAUAGGUGUUGCACGAGGGCUCCAUUACCUCCACACAGGGUCAGAGUAUGGUAUAAUCCAUAGGGAUGUUAAGCCAUCCAACAUACUAUUGGAUGAGAACUUUGUAGCAAAAAUAUCUGAUUUUGGAUUAUCAUUAACAUUAGAUGAUACCAUUUUUAUUUCUAUUAUAACAGGAACCUUUGAAUACAUGGCUCCAGAAUACAUUUGUAGGGGGCAGUUGUCUAAAGGGUCAGAUGUCUACUCUUUUGGUGUAGUACUGUUUGAGAUUGUUCUCGGUCGACAGUGCCGAAGAUGGAGAUCACUUGAAACCAUUGUGGACCGACGGCUUGAAGGGAAUUACUCUCCAAAAUCAUUGAAGAAAUUUGGGAAGAUCAUAAAGAAAUGUCUUGCCGAGAAGGGUGAGAAUCGACCCACAAUGGGGGAAGUGCUGUUGGAUUUAGAGUAUGUCUUGCAACUGCAUGAAAAAUGUUUCUUGCUUUUUGAUCAUUCUAUUGGAAUUUUGUUGUUUGAUAACUUGCAAAACAUGAAUUCUGGGUAUUUGGGAAAAGUGGUUGUUAGUUUAUUUACUCGCAUGGUUUUCCUCUGUUUCCCUUGCAUCAGUGCAAGGAAGGAAAGAAUUUACCUUCCUUAUGACGAGUUGGAAUGUGCUGAUCUCUCCGAGGAUGACAAUUCCAUGGGAAAGUGA